AACCCUACCUUAUCACUACCCCUUUUCUAAUAUUAUCCCCAAAUUUGCCCUAAAAAUCUUCCGAAAAUGAGAGAGUGCAUUUCGAUUCACAUUGGUCAAGCUGGAAUCCAAGUUGGAAACUCUUGCUGGGAGCUCUAUUGCCUCGAACAUGGCCUUCAGCCUGAUGGUCAAAUGCCGAGUGAUAAGACUGUUGGAGGCGGAGACGACGCCUUCAACACGUUUUUCAGUGAAACCGGCGCCGGUAAACAUGUUCCUCGGGCGGUGUUUGUAGAUCUGGAACCUACAGUCAUCGAUGAGGUCCGAACAGGGACUUACAGACAACUUUUCCACCCAGAACAACUCAUCAGCGGCAAAGAAGACGCUGCUAACAAUUUCGCAAGAGGUCAUUACACAAUUGGUAAGGAGAUUGUCGAUCUGUGCCUUGAUCGGAUCCGGAAGCUAGCAGACAACUGCACUGGUCUCCAAGGGUUCCUUGUUUUUCACGCCGUCGGAGGUGGAACCGGCUCUGGUCUGGGUUCUCUGCUUCUCGAAAGGUUAUCAGUCGACUAUGGAAAGAAAUCAAAACUCGGUUUCACCGUUUACCCUUCACCACAAGUCUCCACAUCUGUAGUUGAGCCAUACAACUCCGUUCUCUCCACUCACUCUCUCCUCGAACACACCGAUGUCUCCGUUCUCCUCGAUAACGAAGCCAUUUACGAUAUCUGUCGUAAAUCUCUCGACAUCGAACGCCCCACCUACACCAAUCUCAACAGGCUCGUAUCCCAGGUUAUAUCGUCUCUAACAGCAUCCCUCCGAUUUGACGGAGCUUUGAACGUCGAUGUGACUGAGUUCCAAACCAAUCUAGUCCCAUACCCAAGAAUCCAUUUCAUGCUUUCCUCAUACGCUCCAGUCAUCUCCGCUGAAAAAGCCUACCACGAACAGCUCUCCGUCGCCGAAAUCACCAACAGCGCCUUCGAACCAGCAUCCAUGAUGGCAAAAUGCGACCCACGCCAUGGAAAAUACAUGGCGUGUUGUUUGAUGUACAGAGGCGACGUAGUCCCAAAAGACGUUAACGCCGCCGUGGGGAUCAUCAAAACCAAAAGAACGAUUCAGUUCGUUGACUGGUGUCCGACUGGAUUCAAAUGCGGAAUCAAUUACCAACCUCCGACGGUGGUUCCCGGUGGAGAUUUGGCUAAAGUACAGCGUGCUGUUUGUAUGAUUUCGAAUUCAACAAGUGUGGCUGAAGUGUUCUCGAGGAUUGAUCAUAAGUUUGAUUUGAUGUAUGCGAAGAGGGCGUUUGUGCAUUGGUAUGUGGGUGAGGGAAUGGAGGAAGGGGAGUUUAGUGAGGCGAGAGAAGAUUUGGCUGCGCUUGAGAAAGAUUAUGAGGAAGUUGGUCUUGAGUCUGCUGAUGGGGAAGAAGAUGAAGGGGAUGAGUAUUAAUUAGGUUUUGAAUUAUUUUAUUAGUAGUAAAAGUAAGCUUUUGUUUACAAAACCAAUGGGCUCAUUGGUUGCUAUGACUUUUGUUUUCUUGUUUUGUGUAAUGUCGUGAAUUUGAAUACAAAUGGUGUCUUGCUUGUUUUAA